AUGUGUCCGCCCCAGAUCCAGCACCAAGCUGCAGUGUGGGUGUCUGGCUGGCUCACCUCGCUGCCCGGUGUGCCUGCUGACACCCUCUCUGCUGUUCAGUUCCAUCACGCCCAGGUGCCCAGCUUUGUCUCUGCACAGGUAGACCAGACCUCUGCUCAAAUCUCCUGCCGGACUGGGGUGUGGACCACACCUGGAGAGCUGUGCCCGCGUCUAAAAGAUGAGAAUGCAGGUCCUAGCAGAUGGAGCAGGAAUUAUUCCUACUCCCAUUUUAAAGAUAAAGAAACUGAGUCUCAGAGAGACAAAGUAAUUCACCCAAGCAUUAUUAGCAUCAUCAUUAUUCUGGCUGGAGCAAUUGCAUUUAUCAUCGGGUUUGGUAUUUCAGGAAGACACUCCAUCACAGUCACUACUCUCACCUCAGCUGGGAACAUCGGGGAGGAUGGCAUCCUAAGUUGCACUUUUGAACCUGACAUCAAACUUGCUGAUAUCGUGAUACAGUGGCUGAAGGAAGGUGUCAUGGGCUUGGUCCAUGAGUUCAAAGAAGGCAAAGAUGUCCUGUCAAACCAGGAUGAAAUGUUCAGAGGCCGGACAGCAGUGUUUUCUGAUCAAGUAAUAGUUGGUAAUGCCUCUCUGAGGCUGAAAAAUGUACAACUCACAGAUGCUGGCACCUAUAAAUGUUACAUCAUCACUUCUAAGGGCAAGGGGAAUGCUAACCUCGAAUAUAAAACUGGAGCCUUCAGCAUCCCAGAGGUGAACGUGGACUAUAACGCCAGCUCGGAGAGCUUACGAUGUGAGGCUCCCCGAUGGUUUCCCCAGCCCACAGUGGUCUGGGCAUCCCAAGUUGACCAGGGAGCCAACUUCUCAGACGUCUCCAACACUAGUUUUGAGCUGAACUCUGAGAAUGUGACCAUGAAGGUUGUGUCCGUACUCUACAACGUCACAAUCAACAACACUUACUCCUGUAUGAUUGAAAACAACAUUGCCAAAGCCACAGGGGAUAUCAAAGUGACAGACUCAGAGAUUAAGAGGCGAAGCCACCUACAGCUGCUGAACUCAAAGGCUUCCCUGUGUGUCUCUGCUUAUUCUGGCAUAGACUGGGCACUCUUGCCACUCUGCUUUUAUCUGAUGCUAAAAUAA